GACUUUUAAAGCGAAAUUUGGAAGUUAAAAAUAUGAAGUUUUUCCUUAAAAAAUGCACUACAAAGCUAUUGCUGCUAGCUUUCCUUUAUUACCGCAGCGGAACACUCCUCCCCCUAAUUCCCUUGCUCCGUACACCAGGUUUCCCAUAUUCUCAAUCGCAACUCAGUGACUCACCCUCCGAAAGUCCCAACCCAGUAACCUGUACGCCAGGGAAAAAAAAAGAGAAAAAGAAAAAAAUGCAAAACCCCUAUAGCUAUCGGAAGGGACGCCAAGGCCCGCCGCCAAUGAUCUUUCCCUUACCCGGCCAGGUGUCAUUUCGUAUUAUCUGCCACGUAUCAUCCAUCGGCGGAGUCAUCGGGAACUCCGGCGCCGUUGUUUCUCAACUUCGCCGCGAGACUUCCUCUCGGAUCCACUGCGAAGAAUCGGUGCGCGGGUCGGCUCACAGGGUUAUAUUGAUAGUCGGAUCCGGAUCGAUCGAGAGACGGUUUAGUUUGGGUGAGGGAGGAGAAUGUCACGUGUCGUGUGCUCAGGAAGCAAUGAUUAAGGUUUUCGAGCGCGUGUGGGAAGUGGAAGCGGAGAGGGAGUGGGGAAACGCGUGUGAUGGGGAGGAAGAAGAAGCUUUCUGUGGUCUACUGGCUGAUACGACACUGAUUGGUGCCGUUGUGGGGAAAGGAGGGAAGAAUAUUGUGAGAAUGAGGACGGAGAGUGGAGCUAAAAUUAGGAUUUUGCCGCCGCCGCUAUGCGGAAGAAAAAACGACCAGUUAAUUCAGAUAACUGGUGGCACUUUAGCUGUCAAGAAAGCGCUGGUUGCUGUAUCUGGCUGUCUUCAAGCUUGCCCGUCCUUGGACAGAGAACCAAAACCUAUGAGUACACCUACUGAGCAACCUUCACGUGGGACCUCCCCUGAUGCACACGAAGAAUUUUUUCCAAACCUUAGUUCGCUGUUGCCACCUAUGCCUGCAAAUUCUUCAAUUGGUGCUUCAAAUGCCCACCUUCCAUCUUUGGAUGCUGACUGCGAUUCCAAACUGGAUUCAAAUGGUACACAAGAAGUUGUCUUUAGAAUGCUCUGUUCCAAUGGUGCUGCCGGGGCCAUAAUUGGUAAGAGGGGGGCCAUAGUCAGAUCUUUGCAAAAUCAAACAGGUGCUUCUAUAAUAUUUGCGCCUCCAAUAAUCAAGUAUGGCGAGCGUGUUGUCACCAUUUCUGCAUUGGAGAACCUUGAAUCAUGGUAUUCUCCUGCACAAAAUGCUGUUGUUCUUGUAUUUGCAAGAUCUGUUGAGGCUGACAUUUUAAAAGGACUUCCGUCAGGCCUGAGUAAGGGUACUGUUGUGACUGUUAGGCUUCUAGUCGCAUCAGACCUAGUCAGCUGCUUGAAGGACAAAGGAGGCAGGGUACUUUCUGAGAUUGUAGAAGUCAAUUGUGCUGAUGUACAAAUAUUGGAUGAGGAGCUCUCACUGGACCAUUCUCCAGAGAAUGUAGUACAGAUUACUGGUGACUAUAAAAGUGUGCAGAAUGCUAUCUUUCAAGUAACUAGUAGACUAAGGGAUAAUCUGUUGCCUUCCGAAGUGCUGAAUGAAAUUAGAGUGAGGAACUGCUGUGGAGAAGUAAGGGAGAUAGGUCCACCUCAAGUGCACCAACCAACGAGGUUGACAUUGGAUAAUGAUCAAGGAUCUAAUUUAGCUCAAAGAAUGCACCCCGGGCACUCAGAGAAUACUUCUGGUUCUCUGCCAGUAAAGCUGCAGCCACAACAGACUGCAGGAAAUGGGCAUACGGUUGGCAUCCAAGGUGUUGAGCGAUGCUCAACUACCUUUGGAGGGAGUUUAGACCUUGAGAGGUCACUGGAUUAUCUACAUCCACAUGAAGUGCUUAAUGAAAUGGGAGGAAGGAGCCCUUACAAGGGAGGGAGUGAGAAUACUUUUUCUGGUUUGCUUCAAUGUUUAGAUACGUCUCUUGAUUCUGAUCAAGAGAAUGCUUUAACAAGAGCAAUGGGUAAAAUUGGACUCUCUGACAGUGUAGGCUGUCCGUCAAAAUCUCAGCUACUAGAGACUGUGAGCAGAGGACAUGGCCUGGCCAAUGCAGACAGUAAAGGGGGUGUAGAACUUGAAAGUGGUAAAAGAUCUGUUAUUGUGAAAAAUACAAGUGUAGAGAUUAUAGUUCCUGAAGAUGUUUUUGGCUCUAUUUACGGCAAAAAUGGCUGCAACCUUGCUCGUCUCAAAGAGAUUUCAGGUGCAAAAGUUGAAGUUCAGGAUCCUUGUCCUGGUGAAAGUGAGGGGACAGUUUUUAUAUCAGGGACUCCAGAUCAAACCCUAGUAGCACAAAGCUUGCUUCAAGCCUUCAUCAAACCCAACCAUCUAUCACCAUCACCAGAUAGUUGAUCUCACCUUUUGCAAUCCGUCCAGGCCAAGGAAGAAUUACUCAUGGCAGAGCUAUCAUAGUUCCACAUGUAGAAUCCACGCAGAAAAAUGACAACAGGUUAUAGGAGUGACUGUUAAUACGAAAUUGGUAAAUUAUUAAUAACUUAGCAAAUAAAUUGAAAACAAAGAUCAAAUUAUAUUCACGUGGAGUUGUUUUUCUACUAGGGAGGUGGUCUAGUUAUUCUUUUUCUUAUGGAAAUGACACGAUAGAUUACAGUCUUGAAAAUUUCAAUUAUAGAAUUGUAAAUGUUCGGCGUUAUGUUAUAUUACUUGCAUCGUCAUUAAAGUCGGUCAUUUUGAAUUCUUGUUUAG